AAAUGUUACAACUGAAACAUAUUUUUGACUCCAGCAACAAGCAGAUACACACACAGCUGAACUAGGACAUUUUCAUAGAGCAGUUUCUUUGAAAAAAAGCUCAGAUGACGGAACAAGGAGAUGGGGCCCAUGCUCAGCCUAAUGAGGAGCAACCACUCUUGGCUGAAGAUGGUAACUGGGGAGAUAUGGACAACUUCUUUGAAAAUGGUGUGGAAUAUGUUAUAAUGUUUGCACCACGUAUCUUUGAAGUUGCGAGACUUUGGGAGCCAGAGCAGCUUAACAACAACAAUGGUGAUCACAUCAAUCAGAAUAAUUUCUUCAACAUUCAUUUUGAAAUUGAUUACAACAACUCUGAUGAUGGAAAUGAUGGCAAUAAUGCUGAUGAUGAAAAUGACCACAAUAACAGAGAUACUGAAAAUGACCACAAUUAUUGCAAUUAUAAUUUUGCCGAUGAUGAUCAAAAUGCUGACAGCAGCAACGAUGAAGAAGAACGCAAUGUAGCUCAUCAAGAUGAAAAUGACCUUGCUGCUGCUGAGGUUGACUAUGAAGUCAACCCGGAUGAAGGAGAAGCAGCGGAGGAUCUGCUUCCUGGAGGAUUUGGGAGACAGUUUAGAGAGGAAGACAGUGAUGAUGAGAAAAGUCAUGCCAGCGAACAGUUCCACUGGUGGGAUGAAUUUGCUGACAGCGCCUCUGAAGAACAAGACUCCCUACUUGAAGGCAAUAAAGAAAGCAAUGAGGGUGAUGAAGACGAGAGGUGAAUCCAAAAGUGACAUGCCAACCGUCACUUAGAGUGACUGAAUGGAACCUCUUUAAUAAAAAUGCA